AUGCUCUACCUAAACGCUGUUGGCCUGAUUACCUGUUGUUGUAUCCUGCUUGCCUUCGUACUCACCUACCUUACGUCGGCUGGUGCUAACCUCUGGUUGGCUCGAUGGAGCGAUGAAGCCGAAGCUCAUGCGGCAGCACUUGCUGCUGCUACAGAAACCGAACUUACCUAUAAUACAAGCAGCGCAUUGCCAAUCGAGGCCUCUCAAUCGAACAUAAGGCUAGCCGAGGUUAUUUCUCGACAAUAUCAGAACUUGGCAGCUUAUGCCGGCAUUGGGAUAUCACAAACUGUACUCCUGCUUAUUGCCAACGUGCUUUUAGCCUAUGGCCAUCUUGGUAGCAUCACCUGGCUUCAUGAAAGAUUGCUCAUUAGAAUUCUCCACGCUCCGCUAAUCUUUUUUGAUACUGUGCUUCAGGGUCGUAUUAUGAACCGGUUUUCACAAGACAUUCGUAUCUUAGAUGUAGACCUCCACUCCUCAAUGCUCCAUGUGCUCACCACCACCUUCACAGUAAUCGUUGUGAUUGGAUUCGCUUGCAGCAUCAACCCUUGGAUCAUCUUGCCUAUUAGCAUUAUAGUUUUGUUCUACUCUAUUAUUCAGGUAACAAUUCUUUGCAUAAUUCUCAACUUUUUUAUAUUUAUAUUAGCAGAUCACUGA